AGCAGACAGGCGCAGGCAGUGCAUCCUGCAUACACACGUCGCUGUCCCUUUAAGCUGAGAUCUGCGCACUGCACAUGCUCAGCAGCAGCAGCGACAGCGAAGCCGCGGAUCGGCCGCUUCGGGAUGGACUGAAAAGCCGAGAAGCCCGAGCGAAACGCGGAGAGAAGCGACCGUCGACGGAUGGGCUGCGGACACCGAGCGGGCCGAGCGGUUGGUCAGGCUCGCCGUCUCCGGGGCAGCUGCGGUCCUCUUCUGACCUUCUCCCAAACGGAUCUACUGCCGCCCGAGCAGCUUGCGAUCGCAAAUCCGCAGUCGCCGAGGCUGCUCAUAUCAAAAUAAAAUUAUUUAUUAAUCAGGAAUAACUAUUUGGGGAUUUAAAAUGGCUGCUGGAGCGCAUCUGGUGGGGCCGUGAGAACGGAUCGGAGAAUCGGUGGAGCGGCGCCGGGGAUUCCUAACUCACGCCGCGAACAAUGCGUCUUUGCGCAGGCAGCCCCCGCCGCUGAAUCGGUCCGGGCAGACCCCCGGCCGCACAUUUCAGUCCCUUUUUUGUCGCUGUUUUCCGCAGGAUUCAUUUGGAAGAAAAGAGACGAUUAAUUUAGCCCAUCUGCGGGAAUCUGGGGAAAAAAACAAAAACUUCCACUUGGUUUUUCCCUGGUCACUUUAAUGGCGGACAAGGAGGCAACUGUAACCAUUAAAGGAAACUAUUAUUGCACGGAUACUUCAUUAGGAUGAACUGUGUAUAUGAUUAAAAUCUGAAGAGCUGGACGCCUGUAACGCACAGAGGAGACUGGGCCAUAGCGACGCUGUUGUGGGUAAAAUGGGCCGCACGCCAGAGGGGGGCGCUCUGCUCCCCAAACGCAGGCGGCUCCGGGACGCUGGCCGCUGCCUGCUGUUCUACACCGUGCUGUACCUGCUGGUCCAUGCCGAGGGCUCCUUGCUCAAAGCCUGUGAGAAGAGCUGCUACUCCGGACGAUGUGUGAACGGGACAUGCGUCUGUGACCAGGGCUGGGUUGGGGAGCAGUGCCAGCACUGCCAGGGGCGCUUCAAGUUAACAGAACCAUCGGGGUCCCUCACAGAUGGACCCAUCAACUACAAGUACAAGACAAAAUGCACUUGGCUCAUCGAAGGAUACCCAAACACUGUCCUGAGGUUGCGAUUUAAUCAUUUUGCAACGGAAUGCAGCUGGGACCACAUGUACGUCUACGAUGGAGACUCUGUGUAUGCCCCCCUGAUUGCUGUUUUCAGUGGCCUCAUCGUCCCAGAGGUUCGAGGGAACGAGACAGUACCAGAGGUGGUCACCAUGUCUGGGUACGCGCUCUUGCACUUCUUCAGUGACGCGGCAUACAACCUCACAGGUUUCAACAUCUUCUACUCAAUCAACUCCUGCCCUAACAACUGCUCUGGCCACGGAAAGUGCUCCACAGGCAACUCCAUCGCCAGCCGCGUGUACUGCGAGUGUGACGACUACUGGAAAGGCGAGUCCUGCGACAUCCCCUACUGCAGGAGCAACUGCGGCAGCCCUGACCACGGCUACUGCGACCUCACUGGCGAGAAGCUGUGUGUCUGCAAUGACUCCUGGCAAGGCCCAGACUGCUCCCUGAUGGUUCCAUCCACAGAGUCCUAUUGGUUUCUGCCCAACGUGAAGCCCUUCAGCCCAUCUGUGGGCCGGGCCUCCCACAAGGCUGUGGUGCAGGGCCACCUCAUGUGGGUCAUUGGAGGCUACAGCUUCAACUACAGCUCCUUCCAGAUGGUGCUGAACUACAACCUGGAGAGCAGCAUCUGGAACGUGGUGCCCAUGCACACUGCGCCCCUGCAGAGAUACGGCCACUCGCUCGCCCUCUACCAGGAUGACAUCUACAUGUUCGGCGGGAAGAUUGAAGCACGAGGGGGCAACGUGACUGAUGAACUGUGGGUGCUGAACAUCCCGAGCCACACCUGGUCUCUGCAGACACCAAAUGUGCUUGUGCAUGGCCAGCAGUACGCUGUGGAGGGACACUCAGCCCACGUGGUCGAGCUGGACAGUGGCGAUGUGCUAAUGGUGGUCUUCUUCGGCUACUCCUCCAUCUACAGCUACAUCAGCAACGUCCAGGAGUACAACCUGCGGACGAACACCUGGGUGGUGCCUGAGAUGCAGGGCGCACUGGUGCAGGGCGGCUAUGGGCACAGCAGUGUAUACGAUGCCAUAAGCAAGAGUGUGUACGUGCACGGCGGCUACAAGGCGCUUCCUGCCAACAAGUACGGCCUGGUGGAUGACUUGUACCGCUACGAGGUCCGCACACGCACAUGGACUAUCCUGAGGGAGAGUGGUUUCGCCCGGUACCUGCACUCCGCUGUGCUACUCAGCGGCUCCGUGCUGGUGUUUGGAGGGAAUACACAUAACGACACGUCGCUCAGCAAUGGAGCCAAGUGCUUCUCCGCCGACUUCCUGGCCUACGACAUCGCCUGUGACGAGUGGAAGGUCCUGCCAAAGCCCAGCCUCCACCGGGACGUGAACCGAUUCGGUCACACGGCCGUUGUCAGCAAUGGCUCCAUGUAUGUGUUUGGGGGCUUCUCCAGCAUCCUGCUCAAUGACAUCCUGGUGUACAAGCCCCCCAGCUGCGAGGCCUUUCGGCAGGAAGAGGCCUGUCUGAGUGCUGGGCCUGGCCUCCGCUGCGUGUGGACCAGGGACCGCUGCAUGCCCUGGGAUCUCGCCCAUAUUAAUGGCACCAUCCCAACCACCUCCUGUCCUGUUCAGCCUGUGACGGUGGACGAGCAAUGCUACCGCUUCUCAGACUGCGCCAGCUGCACCGCCAACACUAACGGCUGCCAGUGGUGUGAUGAGAAGAAGUGCCUGUCUGCUUCCAGCAACUGCAGUGUGGCGGUGAGGAACUUCUCCAGGUGCCAAGUGAGGAACGAGCAGACCUGCAGCAAGUUGGCCAACUGCAAGAGCUGCUCCCUGAACCUGAACUGCCAGUGGGACCAUCAGCAGCAAGAGUGCCAUGUUGUCCCAGCUCACCUCUGUGGCGAUGGGUGGAGCCACGUGGGCGAGGCGUGCCUGCGCAUCAACUCCAGCCGCGAGAGCUAUGACAACGCACAGCACUACUGCAAGAAUCUGGAGGGCAACAUCGCGUCCCUCACCACCUCCAAGCAGGUGGACUUCGUGCUGGAGGAGCUGCAGAAGUACCAGCUUCAGGAGAAGCGCAUUGCUCCCUGGGUGGGCCUCAGGAAGAUCAACGUUUCCUACUGGGGCUGGGAGGAUGCAUCGCCCUUCACCAACAGCUCACUGCAGUGGCUGCCGGGCGAGCCCAGCGACUCAGGCUUCUGUGCCUACCUGGAGCGGGCGCAGGUGGCGGGGCUCAAGGCCAACCCCUGCACAGCCACCACAGACGGCCUCAUCUGCGAGAAACCAGUCGUGAGCCCCAACCAGAACGCCCGGCCUUGCAAGAUGCCUUGCUCCCUGCGCACCAGCUGCGCUAACUGCACCAGCCAAGCCACAGAGUGCAUGUGGUGUUCCAGCACCAAGCGCUGCGUGGACUCCAACGCCUACGUCAUCUCCUUCCCCUAUGGCCAAUGCCUUGAGUGGCAGACCGGGGACUGCCUGUCCCAGAACUGCUCAGGGCUUCGCACCUGCAGCCUGUGUCUGGAGCAGCCGGCUUGCGGCUGGUGUGGCGACCCAAGCCAUACGGGGCGGGGCCAGUGUAUGGAGGGUUCAUACAGGGGCCCCGUGAAGAGCCCGUCCAGGCUGAGCCAGGAGAUGCUGUUGGAGCCUGGCCUGUGUCCCCGAGACAGGGGCUACGACUGGGCCUUUAUCAACUGCCCUGCAUGCCAGUGCAAUGGGCACAGCACGUGCGUGAACAGCAGUGUGUGUGAGCAGUGCCGCAACCUGACCACAGGGCCCCAGUGCCAGACCUGCAUGCCUGGUUACUACGGUGACCCCACCAACGGCGGCAAGUGCCAAGAAACCCCAGGAGAACAUGCCAGCUCACCUAGACCUCCUAUCAUCCAGAAAUCCCAGGAGAAGAUGCCAGCUGACCUAGACCUCCUAUCAUCCAGAAAUCCCAGGAGAAGAUGCCAGCUGACCUAGACCUCCUAUCAUCCAGAAAUCCCAGGAGAAGAUGCCAGCUGACCUAGACCUCCUAUCAUCCAGAAAUCCCAGGAGAACAAGCCUGCUCACCCUGAACUCCUGUCAUCCAGAAAUCCCAGGAGAAGAUGUCGGCUCACCCCAAGCUCCUAUCCAUAUCUAUAAUUACAGGCACGCAGUGGACUUUAGCAUCCAUGACAUCACUAUGGAUGGUGAACCCUGCUUCAAAGACCUACGCUUUCUCUUGGAGCUGUUUUCCUGUUUUCCGUGCCCUGCAGGUUCAUGCAAAGCGGAGGGCAGUGGGCCAGCACACGCUCAGCAGCAUCCUUCACACUGACACACAUCCUCCCUGCAUGUUCUCUGCCAUGUUAAAUCACUCUUAGUCAUUCUCUUAUCGCCCAGUCCUGACAAAAGGCUCCGUGUCACUAACUGCAGAUUGGCAGUUUUACCAGAUGAGCCCCCGCGUUUCAGCCGCGGUGUCCGCACCCUCGCCCCAGGCCGCCUUGGCUUGCGACGCCAACGACCCACGCGUGUCCCAAAUGUCGAUGUGGGCUUCUAGUGAUUGCGUCUUUGUGCUUUUCCAUAGUGCUGUCCAUCCCUGUGGGGGCCGUCCUUCAGACGCAGUGCUGUUAACUCGGAUUAGCGUGCAUGCUAGGGUCUGUCGGUGUUUGGCGCAGUCAGGCACGGGAACAUUAGUGGGUUGAUGGGUCUAUUUUAACCUGACUAUGGGAUGUGAGUGAGCGUGCAGAGGGAGCUGGAGUGCUGCCUGGAUGCAGCCCAGUACAGUCAGACUUCACCCUUCAUUUUCUCUCCCCUUCUUGUCUGUCAGUCUUGCCCUUGAGAUUUAUUCAUGGAAGACAUCCGAGUGGAAAGCAUGCUGUGAAUAUGGAACGGGAUGAGCGCGUUUGCGGGACGCCUGCACGGACACUCAUGAAUCUGUCACAUCUGACAACAGACGUUUAUCUCGGCGCUCAGCACCACAUUCGCCGGCUCCCCAUCAUGCUCACCUGGCCUGUUAUCCUGCUACUUAGAUAUUAAAUGUUGAUCUCCACUGGUAAUGCUAACAAAACCACAAGGAAAGGCAGGACUGGGUUUCUAACAGAACAUAAAUGUUAGUAAGUAUAGUAGGUUCACGUUAGGGUCACAUUCAUUGGUCAGAACCGUGAUCUCUUUCGGGUUCAGCUCUCUCGGUCAAACCCUCUGUUCGUCACAUUCGGCUCUAUUUGUCAGUACUCAGUUCACGUCCAAAUUGGCUCUCUUGGUCAGUUCUCAAUUCACGUCCCAGUCAGUUCUCUGGGUCAGUACUCACUUCACUUUUGGAUGGACUCCCCUGUUCAGUACUCCCUUCACUUUUGGAUGGGCUCCCCUGUUCAGUACUCGCUUCACUUUUGGAUGGGCUCCCCUGUUCAGUACUCGCUUCACUUUUGGAUGGGCUCCCCUGUUCAGUACUCGCUUCACUUUUGGAUGGGCUCCCCUGUUCAGUACUCACUUCACUUUUGGAUGGGCUCCCCUGUUCAGUACUCACUUCACUUUUGGAUGGGCUCCCCUGUUCAGUACUCGCUUCACUUUUGGAUGGGCUCCCCUGUUCAGUACUCGCUUCACUUUUGGAUGGGCUCCCCUGUUCAGUACUCGCUUCACUUUUGGAUGGGCUCCCCUGUUCAGUACUCGCUUCACUUUUGGAUGGGCUCCCCUGUUCAGUACUCGCUUCACUUUUGGAUGGGCUCCCCUGUUCAGUACUCGCUUCACUUUUGGAUGGGCUCCCCUGUUCAGUACUCACUUCACUUUUGGAUGGGCUCCCCUGUUCAGUACUCACUUCACUUUUGGAUGGGCUCCCCUGUUCAGUACUCGCUUCACUUUUGGAUGGGCUCCCCUGUUCAGUACUCGCUUCACUUUUGGAUGGGCUCCCCUGUUCAGUACUCGCUUCACUUUUGGAUGGGCUCCACUGUUCAGUACUCACUUCACUUUUGGAUGGGCUCCCCUGUUCAGUACUCGCUUCACUUUUGGAUGGGCUCCCCUGUUCAGUACUCGCUUCACUUUUGGAUGGGCUCCCCUGUUCAGUACUCGCUUCACUUUUGGAUGGGCUCCCCUGUUCAGUACUCGCUUCACUUUUGGAUGGGCUCCCCUGUUCAGUACUCGCUUCACUUUUGGAUGGGCUCCCCUGUUCAGUACUCACUUCACUUUUGGAUGGGCUCCCCUGUUCAGUACUCACUUCACUUUUGGAUGGGCUCCCCUGUUCAGUACUCGCUUCACUUUUGGAUGGGCUCCCCUGUUCAGUACUCGCUUCACUUUUGGAUGGGCUCCACUGUUCAGUACUCGCUUCACUUUUGGAUGGGCUCCCCUGUUCAGUACUCGCUUCACUUUUGGAUGGGCUCCCCUGUUCAGUACUCGCUUCACUUUUGGAUGGGCUCCCCUGUUCAGUACUCGCUUCACUUUUGGAUGGGCUCCCCUGUUCAGUACUCACUUCACUUUUGGAUGGGCUCCCCUGUUCAGUACUCACUUCACUUUUGGAUGGGCUCCCCUGUUCAGUACUCACUUCACUUUUGGAUGGGCUCCCCUGUUCAGUACUCGCUUCACUUUUGGAUGGGCUCCCCUGUUCAGUACUCGCUUCACUUUUGGAUGGGCUCCACUGUUCAGUACUCGCUUCACUUUUGGAUGGGCUCCCCUGUUCAGUACUCGCUUCACUUUUGGAUGGGCUCCCCUGUUCAGUACUCGGCUUGCACGCUCUUAGCAGCCCCCCCCCCGCAGUGAUGCAGUGCCCCCACACUGUUCUCCAUCUCGCUUGUGGCUUGCUGUCUGCUCAGGCCUGCCAGCCCAGCAGGGAGUCAGUAGUAAAGUCCCUCCAUUAAGGAGUUUUCUCCCGGAGUGCUACUUUAUUCUGCUGCUACUCUGCAGAUCUGGUCGAUAUUAAAACUUAAAAAUAAUUCAUGACUUUUCACGUAGCUGUCAAAACCGCAGCUCCUGUUCUGGGUUUGGUUACCAGCCUGAGCCAGGUUUCAAGCACUGGGAUGGCUUGGGGGGGUCCUGACUGGGAUUGGAAGUGACUGGGGGGAGGUAUACAAAUAGAGUGGGGAUGCAUUGUGACAUGGGAGGAGGCAAAGUUAGUGUGGGGCCGCUGCCAUUCCCUGGAGCGGUACGUGGGUACGCGUAAACGGAUAAUGUCUGUUUGAGUCGUGAAGUAAAACAUAAAAACAUAGUGAUGUUUAAUAAAAGCCUUCCGUACAUGAUCCUCGGCAGCUGUGAGCGCUCGAUAAAGGCAGGCAGGCAAGGCCCUGCUCUGCCACACAGCGCUUUCCUCCCGAUAUCGUUGCCGGUGGAUGUCCCUUUAACUCGCGCUCAUUUCACCGGCUCUUAAGCCGUGAAAUUUAUGAAAACCAGCAAGCUGAUUGCUUUACGGGUCGGUUGGUUGGUUGACGAAUCGACAUGCAAGGCCGGGGGUUGGCUAUGCCUCGGUACCGCCCUCUGCUGGCUGGGAUUACUGUGGGUGUGCAGUGAAAUCUUUUAGCCAUUUUGAAUGCCACUGAUAAUGCAUCAUAUUUAUGGGGGAUCAUGGGUGUCCUAUCCCCUAUAUCUGCCAAUAGGGGGUGCUGUGCUCCACAAACAUGGUCAAAACUGCCUUGAUGGAAUUGGUUUCUGGGAGCUGGAAUGUGUCUCUGAGCUCUAAUAGAAUUGAUUCAAGGUGACAGAGG